CGCAGGCGCGGUGGAGCUAGCCCCACCCCCGCCAAAUCCCGUGGAGUCGUCGGUCUCGCGAGGUUGUCUGAUUCGGACAGGGUUCACCCGGCUGUAUGGUGGGCUGCCAACUGUGGUCAUCGAAAUGAGCAUCCUACAGAAAAUCUCGGAGAUUGAGGCCGAGAUGGCUCGGACACAGAAAAAUAAAGCAACAGCUCACCAUCUCGGGCUCUUGAAAGCUCGCCUGGCCAAACUGCGGCGAGAGCUUAUCACUCCAAAAGGUGGAGGUGGAGGAGGACCUGGUGAAGGAUUUGACGUGGCAAAGACCGGGGACGCCCGGAUUGGGUUUGUGGGCUUCCCUUCUGUUGGAAAAUCAACAUUACUGAGCAACUUGGCUGGAGUGUAUUCUGAGGUUGCAGCCUAUGAAUUUACAACGUUGACCACAGUACCAGGUGUGAUUCGCUAUAAAGGAGCCAAAAUACAGCUGCUUGAUCUUCCUGGUAUCAUUGAGGGAGCCAAAGAUGGUAAAGGCCGAGGGCGCCAAGUAAUUGCAGUGGCGCGAACAUGCAACUUGAUCCUGAUUGUACUGGAUGUGCUGAAACCACUGGCACACAAGAAGAUAAUUGAGAACGAGUUGGAAGGAUUUGGAAUCCGACUCAACAAGCAGCCACCCAACAUUGGGUUCAGGAAGAAGGACAAAGGAGGCAUUAACUUGACUUCUACAGUGAGUGAGAAGAAUUGAAGUGGCAGAAAGCUGAAAUUAAAUCAGAAUUGAACUAAACUGUGA